GACGGUCGACAUGAGCGUUCAUUGCAAAUUAGAUCUCACCAUUUCGAAGGCCGCGUUGCAAGCCGUCGCGUCCAAAAGGACCAUACUUCUGGCCCUCCCCAACAUAAAAUUAUUGGAUUUCGGUCGGAUUUAUUACCAAGUUUCGCCUGCCGCGUUGAAAUACGAGCCGACAGAGAGAAUUCUGGAGCUUAGCAAGCCCCGCGCGCUCUUCCUUCCGGACGAGUGCAAGCCGUCGAAAGUGUCGUUGUGCGAGAAACGGGUCCUGGACGAGGAGAGAUUGAGGAAGUUGGCUUUAGCGAAAAAAUUGAUCGAUUGCCCCCAACAGUUAACCAAAGACGAGAUAGAAGAGCUUUUCACACCUCAUGGUAUAAUGAGAAGCGCGCUAACUUAUAAAGUUUGUUUCUCCCCUGAUUGAAAUUCUUUCUUCUUUUUCCCCCCGCCCCCCCUUCGAGCCCGAACGACGCAACGAUGAAUUUUCUUCUUUUCCCCGACUCGUGCAGAUCACGCCUUGGAUGAACUUCUUGGCGUUGCCCUCGUACAAGGUGAUAAAGGGGAGGAAGGAUCCGUUGGCGAAAACGUGGAAGAAAUUGUUGAUCAAGAAGAGGGAGGAGAGGGGUAAGGAGGCUUUGGCCGAGUACAAGAAGAAGAGGGAGGAGGAGAGGAGGAAGGAGAGGAAACGGAAGCCGGAGGUGGUUGAGAGAGAAGAGCCGCCGAAGAAACCGCCGCCGCCGGUCAAAAAGAGGAGGAAAGAGGAGAAAGAGCAGGAGACGAAGGAGGAGAGAAAGGGGAGGAGGGAGAGGAAGGAGGAGAGGAGAGAGGCUAGAAAGAAGAGGAAGGAGGAGAAGGCUAAGCUGAAAAGGGAGAAGAAGGAGGAAAGGGAGAGGAAAGAUAAGAAGGAGAAAAGGAAGAAGGAGAAGGAAAAGAAAAAAGAAAAGGAGGAAACGGAGGAAGAGAAGGCGAGGAGAAGAAAAAUCGAGAAAAAUGCUUGGAGGUAUUCGCCUCAUCCGUGCAAAGAUGAUCCAUUUAGUAUCAAGAAAGCGGCUUUGAAAGGCAAAUCAUCUCCACGUACGGAUAAUUUGUCGAAGCCAAGAAUUCGUAAGUGCACAUCCCUCAAAGCUAAACCUUUCGAUGUGAAAAAAGCUGCUCUAUCCGCCACACCUUCCGGAAGAGUCCAAUCAUUGGCUAAACCAAAGAAACCGUUGAGUCCUGUCGGGAAAAGGCCACCGCGAGAGAAGGAUAAAUAUGGAAGACCAAUAUUUGAAAUGCCUGUUUACGGGAAAGUGUUACCGAAAACGAAACCGUACAAGAUGGGCGAAUGCCCAGACGACAAAGAAGAGAAGAAACCGGUUGUCAAGAAACGUCCGAUUAAUCCGAUUGCUUACGCGCCCAGCAUCGAUCCUUGCAUAGAGCCGGAAUUGGCGAAGAAGCAAAAGAUCGAAAGGAAAAGGGCCGAGAAAAUAUCGAAAAAGAAGAAGGUGAAAAAGAAUAAACCGAAGAAAAAGGUGAAAAAGUCUUCCGAGGAGGAUAAAAAAGAUAAAGAUAAAAAAGAUGAAGAGGAGAAGCCGAAAGAGGAAAUAGAAGAGCCACUAGAGGUGGUAGAAGAGAAGACGGAGGAAGAGGUGACGGAGAUGGAAGAGGAGACGGAGGAAGAGGUGACGGAGAUGGAAGAGGAGACCGAGGAAGAGGCGGCGGAAGAGGAGGAGGGAUAAGAAAAUAAGAAAUUUAAAUAAUAUAGAAAACGAAUCAUUCGAAUUCGUGUAAUCAUUUGAUAUGAAAAAAAGAAAUUGCAAGUAUGUAUGAUGAGAAAGAAAAAAGGAAAAAAAAAAAAGAAAGAAAAAAAAGAAAUAAAAAGAAGAUAAAGAAGAAAAGUAUUUAAUGGUAUACAAAAAUUUUUGCAUAUAUUUCUUUUUACAUAUUCGUUUCACAAUGCAAUGAUGCGUGAUAUCAAAUUGUAAAUACAACAAAAAAUAUGUUUAUCAUAGAAUUCUUAAAAAUAUUGACGUUACUAUUCUUGCAUAUCUUCCUCUGAUAUACAUAUAUACGAAUGUUACGUAACUUUAUAACAACACGAUAUGUAUAGAUAGAAAAAUAAAGUUUACAAUAAAUAAGGAAAAUUGGUUUGUAACUAUAAUUAUUAUCGUAUCGAUUAUAUGUUGUAGCAAUUUGCAA